UUUUGUCAGUAGGAAAUAUUAUUCUAUACGAUGUUUUUAGCUUUUGUAUCAGUACUCAAGGUAUCAAAUUGGUCCACGCUGGAGAGUGUAGGUCUCAUGGCGAUGGGGAGAUCGAUCGAAUAAGAUUCUGUUCCACAGCGUUCAGGUUCUCAAACAUUGCCAUUGGAAUGGAAUCGAGCGAGGGCACGGGAGGGUUAUCAGGGGAGAUUGAGGUGGAGGCGUACCGGCGUCUCUUCCCCCUCCCCUUCUACGAGCGCCAUCUUCUCGAGUCGGUGCGCCCGGAUGCCCGGCCUCUCAACCGCGCUAGAGAUACCACCAUCGCCCUUGGUCCUGUUGCUUCUGCCGAUGGUUCUGCUUUGGUUAAGAUCGGUGAUACAACCAUGCUGGCCGCUAUCAAACUUGAAGUUAUGACCCCUUCGACAGACGCGCCCGAUGAGGGAUCGCUAGCUAUCGAAUUCCAGAUGCCUCCAAUUUGUUCUCCAAGCGUUAGGCCUGGAAGGCCCGCUGAGGUGGCAUCUGUUAUCUCAAAGCAGUUGUCAGAUGUUAUGAUGAGUUCUGAGAUGAUAAACUUGAAGGAACUGUCCUUAAUUAGUGGAAAGGCUGCAUGGAUGGCCUACUUGGAUAUUUACUGUCUCAGUGCUGAUGGAUGCCUAUUUGAUGCUGCUUUACUUUCAGCAAUUGCGGCAUUUUCUCAUUUGCAGAUCCCUCUUGUUUCUGUCAAUGAUGAUGGAAGAGUUAUUGCUGUAUUUGGUGAACUCCCAGAAGCAAAAUUAAAACUAGAAUUGGUCAACAAAGAAAAGAGGAAGCUCUCACUUGGGAGCAAGCCAUUCUCCUUGACAUGCAUACUGCACGAAGAAUACAUCCUUGCAGACCCCAAUGCAGAAGAAGAGUCUAUCAUGGAUACCUUUGUGACUGUGGUGUUAGAUUCAUUGGGCCAGCUUGUGUCAAUAUACAAACCAGGGGGAGCAGCUCUUGCCAACAUGUCAACUAUUAAGGCCUGCAUAGCACUUACAAAGAGCAGAGUGAAGGAGCUAAACAACAUUUUGAGCGAAUCCCUUUCAGAGAUGGAGGUUGACUAGUUUUUGAUUAAACUGCUAUUUUGAUAUAUAUAUAUAU